CAGCCAACAAGCAAAGGAAGUAAAGUUAUUGUUAUUUUCUUGAUCUAAAUCAACAUUUUCAUAGAGCAUAAGUGAAUAUUUGGACUAUAUUGACUAUAGUUAACAUCCUCUGAUAUUUGAUGAAUUCCUUGGACAUCCCUGCGAUGGUGAAACACUAACCAUGGAGACGCGAUUAAAACCAUGCUGAGGUAUCCUCACUCCCAAAUGGCUGAGAAAGUCUUAAAAAACGGCGGCAUGCAUCGGCGGAUAAGCAUGGAGACGUAUAUGGUUCGUGUGUAUACGGGGCCUCUCAGCCAGGAGAUGGAGUUUGUCUCUGUCGAGGCUGAGAAGGAGACGAGUGCACACCGUAUUGUGCUGUCGGCGGCUGAGAAGUUACGCAUUCUCUAUCCGCAGCAGUAUGAGCUUGGGGAGGUGUUCUGCUCCUCUGGCCAACUCUGUAAGGAGAGGCGUAUACAACCCACUGAACAUCCUGUGCGGAUACAGUUACUCUGGCCAAAACACAUCGUGCAAAACAUGGAUAAACAAACAACGGAAUAUCGCUUUUAUCUACGCAAAAAGGAUACAGAAUUAAUAACGGAACCAAACCCUAUCGAUAGCUUUCUUACAUUGUUCCAGUCGCGGAGUAACAAGGAAUACCCCGAUUUGUGUAACUUGCCAGAGUUGAACGAAAAAACAUUACUAGCGAAUCUGAAAUCUAGAUUUAAAGAUGAGAAUAUCUAUACCUAUGUAGGAUCAAUUCUUAUAGCUGUCAAUCCAUUCAAAUUUUUUCCUAUUUACAACCCGAAAUUUGUGAAAAACUACCAGAAUCGCCGUCUUGGUGAACUCCCUCCACACAUCUUUGCGAUAGCAGACGCUGCGUUUAACUCCAUGUUGCGCGAGAAACGCAACCAGUGUAUUGUGAUAUCUGGGGAAUCAGGCUCGGGGAAAACAGAGUCUACAAACUUGUUGUUGCAUCACCUGACUGCCAUUAGUCAGAAAGGAUUACAUGGCAGUGGUGUGGAACAGACUAUACUUGGUGCUGGACCUGUUUUGGAGGCUUUUGGGAAUGCCAAAACAGUCCAUAACAACAACUCAAGCAGAUUUGGAAAAUUCAUUCAAGUCAACUAUAGGGAAAAUGGAAUGGUGCAUGGUGCAAUUGUUGAGAAAUAUCUCCUGGAAAAGUCAAGAAUUGUAUUCCAGGCGCCGAACGAAAGGAACUACCAUGUGUUUUAUUACCUGUUGGCUGGUGCUAGUGAACAAGAGAAGACGACCUUUCAUCUUACAGAACCACAAGAUUUUACCUACCUAAAGCAGAGCAACUGCUAUACUCUUGAAGGUGUUGAUGGCGAAUUCGUGGAUGAGGCACACGAGUUUGAGCGUCUCAAACAGUCGAUGGAGAUGGUGGGAUUCUCGACGGAAACUCAGAGGAGAUUGUUCUCAGUUCUAUCUGCUGUUCUUCACAUAGGAAAUGUGCAAUUCAAAAAGAAAUCAGACCACUAUCACCACGAGGCAGUCGACAUCAAGAAUGAGGAGAUAUUAGCUGUGAUCUCUAGUCUACUCAAGGUCAAGGAAGCCACGCUGAAGGAGGCGCUCACGAAGAAGAAGACUGUCGCUGGCGGGGAGACUCUUCUCAUCAGCUAUAAGAUGGAAGAGGCUAUUUCAACUCGUGAUGCUAUGGCCAAGUGUUUGUAUGGUGCAUUAUUUGAUUGGAUCGUCUUGCAAGUCAACCACGCCUUGAUCUCCAAGAAAGAUUCCAGAGAACACCAGGGUUGCUCAAUAGGAGUGCUGGAUAUCUUCGGCUUUGAGGACUUUGCCAAGAACAGCUUUGAACAAUUCUGCAUCAACUACGCCAACGAACACUUGCAGUUUUAUUUCAACCAGCACAUCUUCAAGUUUGAACAGGAGGAGUACAUUAAAGAAGGCAUCCAGUGGAAGAGCAUUGAGUUCCUCGACAACACAAGCUGCCUGAAGCUGUUCUCGAUUGGUCUUUUUCCGUUGAUUGAUGAAGCUUGCAAACUUGGUGCCACUACAAACCAGGAUUUGUUGGACAACUUCCACAAAAUGCACAAGAACUCGCCAGACUAUGAGGCACCAUCGGUCAAGGAGAGUGCUUUUACGAUUGUACACUAUGCAGGAAGAGUCAAAUAUCGGAUUCAGGAUUUCAAGGAGAAGAACAUGGACCUUAUGAGAGAUGACAUAGUGAUGGUAUUGAAGAACAGCAGCUUAGCGUUUGUGAGGGAGCUUGUUGGUGUAGACCCAGUGGCCAUUCUGAGAUGGGCCAUCGUCCGGGCGUUCUUUAGGUGUUACUUUGCCUUUGUUGAUGCGGGCAAGAGAUACAGAGAGACAAAAGGCAAGUCUGGUCAUGGUCAGGCAGCGAAGAAAUCAACAUGGUUACGACCACAAGAGAAUGUACAGGUAGCAGAAGAUGGCACUCUCAGCCCCGAGUCAGAAAACCUAUCGAAGGAGGGAGGAAUUCGCUUAGAUGGGAACAGGCCAAAUAUCACGUCGCAUGAAGAUGGUUCCCCCUCCUCCCCCCAAGACUCCCGCAUGACCCCAAAGCCCAUUGAUGGAUACCAGAACCAAGGCAACAAGGAGAAUAUGAUCCGAAAUGAAAUUGCCAAAUUGACCAAAAUGAAACUAAAAAACAAGUCAUUCAAGCCGAAAACCAGACCCCACAAGGGGCGGCGAGAUUUGAAGUCAUUGAAGUCAGUAGCAGGCAGGCAGUUUUCAAUGAAACAAGGUUCCAGUGUGGGCUCACAGUUCCAGUCGUCACUGACCCUCCUGAUGCAGACGUUAGACCAGGCCAACCCAUUCUUUAUCCGCUGUAUCAAGUCAAAUGCUGAUAAGACUCCUUGUGUAUUUGACGAGGAGAUCAUCCUCCGCCAGCUGCGAUACACGGGUAUGCUGGCCACGGUUGAGAUUAGACGUCUGGGCUACAACUACCGACUAGCAUUCGAUGAGUUUAUCCACCACUAUAAGAUCUUACUGCCAAACGGCUUGUUGAGCUCAAAACAAGAUGUCAGUGCUUUCCUGUCAAAGAACAUUACCACUGAUGACUAUCAGAUAGGAGCCACCAAGGUGUUUCUACGUGAGCCUGAGAAGAUGGAGCUGGACCAAGCCCUGCAUCAUGCGAUCAUGGAGCGUGUGAUCAAGAUCCAACGCUGGAUGAGAACCACCUUGGAGAGAAAGAAGUACGUCCAGAUGAAGAAGGCUUCAGUGAUGAUACAGUCGCAUGUGCGGACUUUCAUUGCUCGGCGGAGGUUGUACCGAAAACUGUUUGUGGCAAUAUCAAUCCAGAAAUGGUAUCGGGGGUUCAAGAUCCGGCGGAACUAUUUGAGAAUGGUCAAAGCCACUAUUGUGAUACAAAAACACUACCGGGGGUACACAGCAAGGCAAAGAUUCAAGGUGUUGUUGGCGCAGGAUCGCGAACAGCGCCGCCUGAAGUUAGAGGAGGAAAAAGAGAAAGAAAAACAGCCGCAGCCGUCCGUUAGCCACCUGAAACAAGACCUUGGUGACGUCCACUCAUCCACCAGUGACGAGGGCAUGUUCACAAAAGAGAGCAGCACUGAGGAGUUAGAAAUCGACAAGGACUUUGAGAGCACGCAUACUAAUGACUCAGAAGAGAGCAGUGGAAUCUUGGACGAUUCUGAGUCUGAAGCGGGCAAACAUCUUCCUCCCUUUUCCACCCCACCCUUGACGCCUGUCUCACCUAAGGCACCCCCUAGUAUCCUCACAUCGACCGUCAAAAUGCGGCCAGCUAUCUCGGCAUCUGGAGAGGCGAUCGGUGAAGAGUCGUUAGCCUCUCCUGUUUGGAGACCCAGGGUACGGCAGAUGGUGGACAGCAUAGAAAAGCCAGACGUUUCAGAGAAGCACAAGGUUCCCAGAGUCACUGUUGACUCACCCCCUAAGAAAUGUACCCAUCAGACUUCUCAUUUCUUCAUAAGAUAUGUCCGUCGACAAAGUGCAUACGCCAAAUCCUCUGGCUUAGAACCGCUCGAUUUAUUCAAACAAGAUGUCGUAGAUAAACGUGCACUUCAGAAUUACGUAACAGCCCGGCCAUUGAGCGCUACUAUAGAAAGGGGACCUUUACUCUCCCCAAACUCCUAUCAGGCUGCCAAACGAUUCCUUUCGUUGUCUGGAUCCUUCCGCCGGAAGAAGUCUCAGUCUAUCACCUGCUCCGAGUCAGUCAGUGAAGAAUUACUGCGAGCAGGCAUCAUUGCACCCCCAGCUUCACCCUCCCUGGCUAGUCGCAGAUCUACGGUCCUUGCUCCACCCAGGAGGAAGAAAAUGCAAUUCAAAAGUCAUUCCACCGAAAACCGUAAUGAUGACAUUUUGCCAAGAGAUGUUUCACUCCCAAAUCCGGAUGAGGUGCGGGGGCCUGCUGUGAUGGACGCAUACCCUCCCAAUUCUAUUCGCCCACUGAACAGACCCCCACUGGCUAAACAGGAGUCUGUGUCUGAUUCAGUGUUUGAUGAUACUGAUGUUGCUCCACCCAGGAUCAGGAAGAAGAAACCGUACCAUUCCAAUCAGGAGGAUACGUUUCGAGAUGAAGUGGAUUUUAGUGUUCCGUCACCUGAUGAGUUGCGGAGACGCUCCUUGAUGGCCACGUUUCCCCCUCAGGCUCCAGUGAGGGCGCCACUUGCUAAACAGGAAUCUUUCAGCGAUUUGAUGUUUCUCGAUGUUCGCUUACCCCUACGGCCGAAGAAGCCCUCCAUCAUUAAAUCAUUCUCUGAUGGUUCGAUGAUUGUAGCCCAACAGUCACCAUCAAUACGAGUGUCCUGCCCGGCCCCUCUUGCCAAACAGGAGUCGAUAUCGGACGACUGGGGAGAUGAUGAUGUGGAAGAAGAAGACAGAGCCAAAACCAGGACCUUACCGAUUACCAAAAAUAGUAAAUUUGCAGCAGAACUUGCAAACGAUUUACAAAAACGGAAAACAUUAUCACCAAAACCCAAACCGACAGAGAGUGGUCACAAACAGGGGGGAUUUGCAAAGAAGAUCAAGGACAUUGUUGGAGACAUAGCCGACACUAAAGCUACUGCUGCAAGGAGUAGCCUCGUGAAACAUCUGUCUGUACGCUGUAAAAAGUUGUCAGAUAAGCUCCAUCAUGGUGAAACAUACCAUUGGAAGAAAGCUCGCGAUGAUGACGAAUACCAGAUGGAAGAAGGCCUCAAAAAAACAUUCAUUGACAGCAUUGGUGUCCAUGUCCUCCCAAACAAACCGGGCAACAAGAUAUCAUCGCCGACCAAAACACCAGAAAUAGAAAAAGAGUUACUCCCGCCUGAAGAUAGUGAGAAGAGAAAACUUCGGCGGGGACGACGUAACAGCCGACACAGGCGGGAAGAUGUAAAGGUGGAGCCGCCGAGUACCUAUGUUGUGACUGGCCGGUCCCAGUGGCAGUACCCGAGUGAUCUUUAUGUGAAGGACCAGCGUGAGCUCAAAGAUCUUGAUCAGUUUAUCUUUAGCAAGCUGGUCAGAAUGAGUGAGGACUGUGGUCAGAAUGACAGCAUGACUGAGCGCAUCUUCAAAAAGGCACUGAAAGAAUUCCAUAGCACACUGAUAGGCAGCCAGUCUCUCGCCAUGAAGGACAGCAAUAAUUACAAGUUGCGCUAUCGGGACUUGAUGUUAAGCUUUGAACAAAUUCUCCACUGUAAAAUAGAGGCAGAGGACACGGCCAACAACGCAAUUGAAUUUCCCUCGACAAUGGUGAUAAAUGCAUUUAGGGGAUUCCUGGAUGAGUUUGAAAAGAAACAGCGAGACCAGGGGGAGCGACGGGCACCAGAUAAAAAACGUAACGACAAGAAGGGGAAGAAAGAGAAGGAUAAGGUCAUUUGGGAGCACCUCGGCCACAAGUUCAUGCUUCAACAGUUCAACAUCCCUACAUUCUGUGAAUACUGCAACUCACUCACAUGGUGGAGAGACAAGAUCUACAAUUGUCAAACAUGCAAAUUUACCUGUCAUCCGAAAUGUGUGUCUAAAUGUACGACACUGUGCCGUGGCCAGUCUGAGGAACAUGGGAGUUCCUCAUCAGGGAAAGUGUUCGGUGCACCGUUAUCACAUCUCAUCCUUGACGGGAUGACAAUACCGACGAUAUUUGAUGAUAUGAUCAAUGCAAUAGAGGCCAAUGGUCUCUACACUGAGGGCUUGUAUAGGAAGAGUGGUGUGCAGGGCAAGGUCAGGCAACUUGUUAAGGCUUGUAAUGAGAAUUAUGAGAUCAUAGACUUCAAUGAAUACCCCGUCCACGUCCUGGCGACCACAUUCAAGACGUUCUUACGAGAGCUGCCAGAGCCCUUGCUGACAUUUGACCUGUUUGAUGAGUUCCUCCGAGGCGCUGAAAUCAGUACGGAGAGGGAGAGAAUCCAAUCCAUUUAUUCUGUGAUAGAAAAACUGCCAAGAUAUAACCAUGACAUGUUAGAGAGGCUCAUGUUUCAUUUAGCUAGGGUUGCGCGCAGUGAAGAUGUGAAUAAGAUGUCCUCGAAUGGCUUGGCCAUUAUCUUUGCUCCUUGUAUAUUAAAAACCAAUCGUGAUCUCUCUGCCCAGGAGAUAUUAAGCAAUGUGCCAAAACAAACAUUAUGUGUAGAAUGUAUAAUCCUAGAACAGCUGAAGAAGUUGAAUGUGACACUUGAGAAUAUUAGCGAGCUUGAGGAUGAGGCUGCAUCGUUCCAAAUUCGAUUAGAGUCGAUACGCGACAGCAGGAAGUCAUCGAAGGGUUCCCGCUCUCCAGGCAGUCCCCAGCACACAUUACGGCGGGUAGCAACCGAGGUUGACGAGGAAAACUUCCAGAUGAUCUACCGAGAGGUUGAGAGAGAAAUAGAGGGUGAAUUACAGUCAUUAGAGCGCAAGAGAGAGGAGUUGACGUCCAGCUUGGCUAUGUUAGAGUGCCGCAAUGCCAGCUCAGACGAGGAUAUGCUCAGCGCCGAGGAUAUCGAUGAUGACGACUAUGCCACAAGCGAUUAUCAAGAUGCAUUUGAAUCACCUGUGACACCAUCCAUGAACGAGCCAGCAUUCCCGAUUACGCCGAGAUUUGGACACAAUACGAAGGACAAUAACGGUAAUUCGCACAAUAUCGAAACAUCGCGGAGAACCAACAGUGAACCUUCACAGCCUCGCGCCCCAUUACCAAGAUUUGGUGGUUUCGAUCCAAGUCAAGAAACUCCAAAAUCUAGGUUUCAAAAGUCUAGCAGCUUAGAUCAAAAGGACAAUACAGAACAGCCCCAGACUCGAUCACAACUCAAACUCAACACAGUGUCGAAGGAUAGUCCUAAAAAUGAGGCAUCACCUAAUGAUAACUCACCAGACGCAGCGCAGAGCAAAUUUCGGUUUCCAAAAUUUGGCAAAGCUAAAGAAAAUAAGGAAGAAGUCACACCAAAAAUUAAACUUCCAAAAUUUGGAGUGAGUUCACGUGACACUCGGGAUGAUUCUAGUGUGGAUGUCAAAUCGAAGGGGGACUUUCAACAUUCGGGGAAGUUUCGCUUACGCAGGAUCGGUAAUCCUAAGAAAUUCCGCCAUAGUUUUAGUAAUGACGAGUCACGCGAACAAGAGGUGACUGAAAGUGACACUGGCUCUUCCAUUACGAUGUCGACAGACUCGAUUCGUAGUGAUGAGAAUUAUUAUGUCCAGAUGGAGACUGGGGAAGAUGAUAUUGAUGAGAUCAUGGUGUGAUAGUGAUCCUGGUGAUGAUCUUCCCUUUAUCAAACCUGAAUGUUAUACUGAAACCACUAAAUAUUUGCGAAAAUAUCACUUCAGAUUUCACAUCAAUUUAAUUCUGUGAAAUUGCUUGGUUUUCCAAUGAUCAUAAUCAUUAGAUCGGUAAUUUUUGUUCAAUUAAUGUUCACAUUUUGACAACCAGUAUACCUGCAAAGUUCUCCCCAUGAUGUGGUAGAUUUUUGGUCAGUGUUCUAAAAAUAUGCUCUUUUUCACAUGGCGGGCACGUAUGAAAUUGUUCAAUGUGAGAAUGCGUGUUAGGGACAUGUAUGAUUUAUACUCCUGAGAAAUUAAAUGCUGUUAUGCAUUGUUACCUCUUUUCACUAGAUCCCCCUAUAAAAGGUUUAUAAUUUGGAAUAAGAUAUUUUUGUAGGAGAUUUUCAUUAUUAAGAUGUGUCAUAGAUGUACUACAAAUUAAAAAAUUGUGAAUGAUUUUUCUGAUUACGUCACUAGUUGAACAUACACUCUUCUAUUGGUUCCAGGAGAUUAAAAUUAAGUUUUGUAAAUUUUCAAUUGGGUGUCUGCUGACAUGGUCAAUGUGUGCCAGUCAAGAGAACAUUGUCUCUCAAAACAAACUGCUCAAAUUCUACAGAUUCAGAUGUUUUCAACAAAGUACAGAUUUUGAAAUAAUUUGGCGUCGGUAGUGACCCAUGAUGGUACGUGCAUGUGAGUUCAGCCCCUUGUUUCAAUGAGGUCAGUAAAGACUGUUGCUACAUUUUACACAUGAAGUGAUGUACAUAUUUCUAUCAACCUAAGAGGUCACAUUUGCAAAUGCCUGGAUUUUAUAAUAACCAUAAUGCAAGUUAUAUAGCAUAUACUAUGAUAUAGACAUGCAUGAUGACUCUCUGUUCAUAAAUGUGUACAUUUUCAUUUUGUUGUAACACUAUCUUCUUAUUGAAACGUCAUCUAGGAGUUGUAAAUCACGUUUCCUGGCUCGUCUGACCAGAUACUAUCUGUUUAUUGAUGUGACUGACUGGCAUGAUUGUUUCAUGACCGAGAUGUACGACACUUGUUGGGUGAUAUGUUAUAACUGGGGUUGUCAAUCAUUAUGUAACCAUGGUAACUAAUUGUGAUUUGUGCCAUAUUUGUUUUAUUCGUUUUCCUGUCAUUUGUGUGUUAGUAGGAAAUUAAUGGCUAUAUUGAGGUGUUUGAAUUAUGCUUGGUUUUGGACAUUGUUGGCUGAACUUAAAGACCGCCUGUUGAGAAAUAUAUAUUCAAUCAAGCCUUGAGCUGUAUCUAUAACCAGGCAUAACUCACAGUAGAGUCACCCAAGAUGUGCUUAUUUCACGGUGUACCUUAUCUAUGUGCUGUACACCUCUCAACACUCUCAAUAAUCUUUCUAUACAUAGUCACACCUUUGCUGUACAUUCUAUGUAAACUAAUCUAUACUGUAUAGUCUGUAUUUAAACCAACCCAUGUACUCUCACUCUCUCAAUGUGAACUUCUUGUAUAUUAUUAUUGUACAGCCGCUUGUAUGUAAACACAGUCUCAUGUAACCAAACUUACUGCAUGAGCUUCUGUGUGUAGCUAAACUGUCAAUUGGAAAACACGUCUACACACGUAGUCCAACUGAUUAUAACCUCAACAGGGGACAUCCUUAAGAAGGGACAUAUUUGAUUUCAUGACUGUGUCUGAAAUAUGCUCUUCAGUGAUACAUAUUUGCCACAACUCAUCUCACCUUAAGUCUGCUUGCUACUUGUCUACUGUCAACGUUUUAUUUGACAAUCAACUUUCUCUUCUAGAACGUCUGGUCAUUAGCAAUCAAAACAUCAUCAUUAUAUAAGGCCACAAGUUCAUUUCCGGUGUUGAUACUUCUAUAUUCAUGUGAUUACCAUUUUCUUGGGCAGUGUUUGGAAUAUUGUGUGAACUAACUUGUUACCCAACAAUCAGGAAUUGGGAGGACAGCAGUCCAGGGGUGAGUGGCAGUGUCAUUUUCAUGUGUUGUAAUGUAAACAAUGUUUGAUAUUGUUAAUACUGCUGACAAUAUAAAGAUGUUUGUGCUAAUGGCAACUGGCAAGUACAGCUCAGGUAUACAGUGCCAUACAGGCAGGAAGAACAGUCCCGAUGGCCACACUCUUCGUUAUUUAGGGUGGACAAAGUGACAUUCUACAGGGUGGCCCAGAAUUAUUUUCCUUUGGACAAUAGAAUUCUAUUGUGUAUCCAUUGUGUGAGUGAAAAUAAUCCUGGGCCACUCUGUGAUGCAAAUAAAAUGUGCAGCGUGUUACUGACCGACCCUGCAUCACACAAAAUAAUAAUGGUCCACUCUUCUGGGAUGUGUGGCACUGUAUGCUUGUAGACAGUCUUAACGACCAGCCGCGUGUUACAGUGAUGACUGACCUGUCUUACCCAGGAAACUGAAUUUCCACAAGGGCCGUAGUGGCAUUGGACCAACAAGUCUCUGUAUAAUCAGCCCAUCUGCCUGUUUCUCAAAGUCUUGACUCGCGCUGUAAAAUUUAGGUUAUCAAGUACUGUUGAAUGAGUUGAUUUACUAUGUACAGAGGUUGCUGACAAUUCAGUGGAUCAUUUGACUUUGAGUGUAGUUUUGGUAAAUCCUGUUUAUUUUCUAAAAGUUAAGUUGUCCUUGUUGAAUAUUUGGUGCUUUAGUUGAGAUAUAUAUUUCAAGACAGGUUGAUGUUCAAUAUUGAUGUUGGUCACACUACAUGUACCUUAUUUUGAUCACCAGAUCAAGCAUUGGUGAAAAUCUGUAAUAUUUCAUCGGAAUCCCAUUUCACAUACAUGUUGUUAACACAAUGAGUUAGAUUUGGUGGGGGGGGGGGGGGCAGAUUCAUUAGAAAAAUGUGCCUGCUUUGCCAGAACUUCAGUGUUAAGUUCAGAAAGUGAGGUGUCAGGAGCAUUGGUUAGUGGUAGCUUUGUUACUAGGCCUACUCCUGAAGUACUCUUCUUAGCACUGGCACCUUGUCUUCUGGUGUGCUAAUAUAUCACUAAUGACAGUGUGACCUCGCAACGAGAAUAUAACUUUGUUAGUGAAAGCUUCACGAAAAAGAAGGGGUUCGAUAUAACAUGUAUUUCUUGUGAUGCACCUUGCACACAUUCAUUAUGCCAAAUGGAAUUAAAAUAAUGUGUCAUUUCUAAUAUUAACCAGUGAUAUAUCUCACUCUAAAGUAUUCAUGGGUUGAAGUAUCUAGUCCAAUGCCUGUGUAUCUGUAUUAUAUUGUAGCCGUCAAUUUGUUGAAUACCACAUGAAAUGGCUAUAAAGAGCAGGAUUGUGACAUUGGCCAUGGCAAAUGCUCAUUGUAUAUGUAUAAAUAAACAGGGCAAUGUUUAAUAAAAGAUGGUAAAAAUUUA